CGCGGGCACCAUGUUGGUGAUCCGUGCUGUAUAGGGUGUAUCUUUACCAUGUGCCCUUUGCUACGUGGGAUAGGGCCCAGGGCCUCCGUCCCUGACAUCUAAAUGUGAUCUAAAUGACUACCGGCGGUCCGACUCCAGGAGCGUCAGACUUAUGCUGAUCGAGGGGAAACGACUGAACGUCAGUAUAUUUUCGAGCUGGCUUGUUCAUCAGAUAAUUGCGUUGUGGCGCCGCCGGUAGCCGGACCGCUGCUAUGCUUCGCGCGAGGCGGCGAGCUGCGCUCCAUUCCCGGCCGCGGGGACGCGCCUGAAGCCGGCGAUCCGCUCCGCGCGCCCGGUGUGAAAAUGCUUUCCGGACCCGGAGGGAUGUUGAAACCCUUCAUGGAUGAAGAAUAGGAGUAGCAGGAUCUCUGGGGGACCAGUUUUACUCCAGAGGAACCAGUGAUACAUGUAGGUUCAUCUGCCCUGUGCCAUGAGUGAGGCCAGUUCCCCGCUCGCUGGUGUGGGGCCUGACGGUUCGCUUCCGGAGCCAGAGGGGGCCGGGACAGGAGAUGGAGGGGUGGAAGACCCAGGCGGCCCCCACAGGUGCCCUGAGUGUGGGAGAUGCUUCUUGGGUUCAGCCGAGCUGGAGCAGCACGCGGCGUCCCACGAGGAAGCGGAGGAACCGCAGCGGCGUGAGCCGCGUGACCGCCGGCCUGCCCUCUCCUCGAGCCUGCCCAGGCGCGCCAACGCGGGCAGGCGUCCGCACAGCUGCCUGCUCUGCACCAAGACCUUCAUCUCCUCGUCACACCUGGCGCUGCACCUCCGCUCGCACAGCGGUGAGCGCAAGUACAAGUGCAGCGUGUGUGGAAAGCUCUUCCUGCAGUCGUCGCACCUGGUACGCCACAAGGCCAUCCACACAGGCGAGCGGCCCUUCAAAUGCCCCGAGUGUGGCAAGGGCUUCGGCCGCGCCUCGCAUCUGAAGACGCACCGGCGGCUGCACACCGGCGAGAAGCCCUUCAAGUGCACGCAGUGCGACAAGGCCUUCACGCAGAAGGCCGGCCUCAUCGUGCACCACCGGCUGCACACUGGCGAGCGGCCCUUCUCUUGCAGCGCCUGCGGCCAGGCCUUCCGCUGCGCUGCCCACCUGCUGUCCCAUCAGGCACUGGAGGCGGGAGAGCACCGAUUUGCCUGCGACUACUGCGACCGCGCCUUCCGCUCAGCGGCGGCGCUCAGGCGCCACGAGGCGUCCAGCCACAGCGGCCAGGAGGCCUUCCGCUGCGGCGUGUGCCGCCGCUCCUUCGCCCGUUCUGCCUGCCUGCAGCCACACCUGCAGGACGACGGCGCCUGCCGGCCCUACCACUGCAUGGUGUGCAACAGGACCUACACCAAGAUGGCCACCUUCGAGAAGCACUGUCGGCAGCAUCAGCGGCACAGUGGGGCCGUGGCAGCGGCCAGUGCCGAGGAAGAGGAGGGGCAGGAAGAGGACGGGGACCUCAAGAUGUCUCCGUCGGCCCAGCCGGCUGGCCUUCAGUCCCCGCGGCCUCCCCAGAACGAGGUCACCACGCGAUCCAGGGCUCGGGCCAAAGCGAAGGGCAAGAUGGCCGACCCUGAGUGAACGCCAUCAAAGCCCUGGGACAGAGCACUGAGGAAGAGCUGCUUGGGAAGACAGCCAGCCUCGGGUCACACGCCAUUCUCAUACUGAUUAUAAUCCGAAACAUUCCAAAUUCUUCCCGUUGUCGGUGCAAUAAAACAUUAAGGGUGAUUCCGUUCACUGCACUAAAUAUUAAAUACGUUCCUUAUGUAGGUGAUGCUAGAGCAGCAUGUUCUGCUAAAACAGCAAGCUGGCUGCUGUCUCCUGACAACUAACUAGCUGUUUAUUUCAUCGUUGAAAUAACUAAGUGGGGCCGUAGAAACGACACACCUGCCCCAGGUGAAUAUUACCUGGCUUUUCUCAUGAAAGGUUGCAGGUUUGCACUUUUCCUCGUGUGAGACGAGCACCUUUUUUUGCACACUUCUUAUGGCGUUGCAUCUGUGUAGUGUAGCAUCUCCGGCACUGGCAGUUCUGAAUCAACUCCAUGGAGCUGGAAUUGCUAAAGUGAGACGCUGAUGUGCGGAUCCAGUUGGAUCCUAGUGGUAUGGAAAGCGAAGGGUGUAUUCAGUAUCUCCUGGAUGGCUGUGCUACAGAGGCACUUUAGGUUUGGGUCACCUACCCAUCAUGUACCAUAUCAGGAUGAACAGCAUCUUUAUUGCACAGGUGGUUUAUCGGUGUGGGCCAAAGGUUUACACCAGAGGUGGGGAACCGGAUCCAUGGAGGGCCGGUGCAGGUUUUUGGGAUGACCUCUCAAUCAGCCAAUAAGGAAGCAGCGUCUCUCAAAUCCAGUCCUGGGGACCCACUGUUAUUG